AUGUGGCUCGGUCUCCUCUUUUCCAUGAUUUGUCUCGCAGUGCUUGCUUCUAGUGCGGCAGACUCCAGCUCAUCUCCGGAACUCCGAAAUCCGUUGGUGGAUACAUAUCGUGAAAAAAUAGUGCAGUGCCUCAUCCUGGGCGAGUACACCAAGUCCGGGCGCUAUGUGUUUGAAACCCUAUACCACUACUUGACCAUCGAGUAUUCUAUCCGCAAGGAUGCUGAUCAGGACAUCUGGAUUCUUUCGGGAAUCUCAGUGAAUAUAGCUUUGCGUAUGGGCUACCACCGAGAUCCGUCGCACUUGCCAGGGAUUACCCCAUUUGUGGGAGAGAUGAGACGGCGGGCCUGGGCGACAAUUUUACAGGGAGAUAUCUUGAUCUCUACCCAAAUGGGCAUGCCACGCAUGAUCAAGGAUUGGCAAUGUGACACAGUAGAGCCCCGUAAUUUGAAUGACUCGGAUUUCGACGAGGAUUGCUCCGAGCUUCCCCUGUCAAGACCAGAGACGGAGAUCACGACAGUUUCACACCUGGUCGCUCGGCGACGUAUCUUUGAUGCCUUGGGUGUGAUUGUCGAUUUCACUGCGUCGGUUCGACCAGUGACCUACGACGAAGUAAUGCGACUAGAUCGUAUUCUUACUGAUGCGGAGGCCACAGUCCCUGCCUAUCUCCGCAUGAAGGCCAUGGCUGGAGCGGUGACUGAUCCCCCGCAGGUGAUCAUGCACCGACUUUUCCUCAGACUGAUGUUUCAUAAGGGCCAGAUCAUGCUACACUGCAAAUACUUAAGCCCGGACCUAGCCACAUUUCCCGAUGACCGCACAUCAUACUCCUACUCGCGCAGUUCUUGCAUAAAAGCCGCUUUAGGUGUUUUGGAAAUCCAACAUAUAUGCGACGAGGAAACUAUCCCGGAUGGCCAGCUUUAUGCAAUGCGAUGGAGGGCUUCCUCCUUCAUGAAGCAUGAGUUUUUGACAGCGACGAUGCUGCUGUGCUUUCUCACGCGACAGCCAGAUGCUCUGACUGAUGGUCACAACUUGGACCAAAUCAUUGCAGCGCUGACAAGAGCACAAGGUAUCUGGUCGAGGUCGAAAAAUUCAUCGGUGGAAGCAAAGACCGCAGCAGAUACCCUUAGUAUUGUUCUUGCUCAGCAAUCAGGUGACUCUGUUAUGGAUGCAGAGGCUCAGGCUAUGAAAAAUGAUUUUCCCCUAAACUCAGGUCAGUCGUCCGUCUUAUUUUGUCCCUCGUGUCUCUGCUUACGGUGGCUCAGCCCUGUCUAUGCCUUUUCCCACUGGAGGGCUGAAUGGAACCACCCUCGAAGAGAGCUUUAA